GCUUCCUCGGGACGCCUUGGGUGUUGCUGGAGCAUCGAGUGUGCGACUCGCAGGAUCUCCCCUCUUGGGUCGAUUUCUCCUUUCCCCAGGAAGAAAAAUGGUAUCUGCUGCAGUUGAUCCACAGCCGAGCGUGGUAACUAGGGUGGCCAACCUACCCUUGGUGAGCUCCACAUAUGACCUCGUCUCCUCGGCUUAUGUCAGUACAAAGGAUCAGUACCCUUACUUGAAGUCUGUGUGCGAGAUGGCAGAGAAGGGUGUGAAGACCAUCACAUCGGUGGCUGUGAUGAGCGCUCUGCCCAUCAUCCAGAAGCUAGAGCCACAAAUUGCUGUUGCCAAUACUUAUGCAUGUAUGGGGCUAGACAGGAUUGAGGAGAAACUGCCUAUUCUGAAUCAGCCAACAAACCAGGUUGUUGCCAAUGCCAAAGGUGCUGUGACGGGGGCAAAAGAUGCUGUGACAAUGACCGUGACUGGGGCCAAGGAUUCCGUGGCCAGCACAAUCACUGGGGUGAUGGACAAGACCAAAGGAGCCGUGACUGGCAGUGUGGAGAAGACCAAGUCCGUGGUCAAUGGCAGCAUUAACACAGUCAUGGAGAGUCGGAUGAUGCAGCUAGUGAACAGUGGAGUGGAAAAUGCACUCACCACAUCAGAGCUGCUGGUAGACCAGUAUCUCCCUCUCACUGAGGAAGAGCUAGAAAAAGAAGCAAAAAAAAUAGAAGGAUUUGAUACUGUUCAGAAACCAAGUUAUUAUAUUAGGCUGGGAUCUCUGUCUACCAAGCUCCGCUCACGUGCCUACCAGCAGGCUCUCUGCAGGGUGAAAGACGCUAAGCAAAAAAGCCAAGAGACCAUUUCUCAGCUCCAUUCCACUGUUAACCUGAUUGAAUUUGCCAGGGAGAAUGUGCAUAGUGCCAACCAGAGAAUUCAGGAUGCUCAGGAUAAGUUCUAUCUCUCUUGGGUAGAGUGGAAGAGAAGCAUUGGCUACGAUGACACUGAUGAAUCCCACUGUACUGAGCACAUCGAGUCACGUACUCUUGCUAUUGCCCGAAACUUGACUCAGCAGCUGCAGACCACGUGCUCCACCCUCCUGUCCAACAUCCAAGGGUUACCGCAGAACAUCCAAGAUCAGGCCAGUCACUUGGGGGUGAUGGCUGGAGACAUCUACUCAGUGUUCCGCAACGCUGCCUCCUUUAAAGAAGUGUCUGAUGGCUUCCUCACUUCUAGCAAGGGGCAGCUGCAGAAAAUGAAGGAGUCUUUAGAUGAUGUGAUGGAUUAUCUUGUUAACAACACACCCCUCAACUGGCUGGUAGGUCCCUUUUAUCCUCAGAUGACCGAGUCUCCGAAUACUCGGGACCCAGUUGCAGAGAAAGACACAACCAGCCAGGAGGCCCAGCAACCUGAGCACAAAACACAUUAAUUCUGUCCCUGUCACCAGUGCAUGGUGUAGCCAGCCAGAUGACACCUUCUGUUAUAUUGAAAUUAACCUGCUUGACAACUCUGAAUUGGGGCAACAGGCAGCUAGAAAACAGGUCCCUUCAUUAUAGCCAUUUCCAACUGGAUUAAUACUUUUAAAGUUUCUGGCAUUAGCAGAUGUGUUCUUUUGUUUACCUGGCUGGUAUGACAAGAAUGAUAGACUGGUCAGAGCCUAGUCAGAGGUCACAAAAAGUUACGUUACAUUUAUGGUCUCAUUCUGUUGCCACUGUUGCUGUCUGUCUGUAUUGAAUAAAAACACCUUCAUGUGGGCUGUCGGAUGACCUGGUGUUUGCUCCGGUGAUCUGAGAAGGCCUCAUCAUUGUUUUGUCUCACAAUGUAUGCUUGUACUACUUUAGUUUGUUUAUUUUUCAUAAGGAAUGCCUCCUGUGAGAUCAAUAAAAUUCACUGUAGUAUAGAU